AUGAUCGUAUUUGCGUUUCCGACUCUGAAUGUGCAGACUCCCCACACCAUGGAAGAAUCUCGCAUCGUGGAGCAACAGCUCGAGUUGGUGGCGGAUCCCGCCUAUUUUCCCCCCGAAUUUUGCGAUCUGUAUCCUUUAUCUCCCGUAACGUGCAGCACCUCGAACUCGAAGCACCGCAAGAUUUCGGAGAAGGUGGACGUGUGGGAACUGGGCAUUCUCAUGUACUAUCUGGCCUUCUUCUCGACACCCUUCGAAUCCGUCGACGGAAAGAUCGAUACGCGAUCGCUCAUCGCGGGCCGCUUCACCUUCCCCGCCAACGAGGCCAAGAAAUACUCCGCGGAGUUUCUCGAGAUCAUCCGUCGCCUGCUCACCGCCGACGUGAACAAACGGCCGUCGAUUGUCGACGUGGUGGUGAAGGCCUCGGGGUUCACGCGCUGGCGGAUGACGCAGGAGGCCUCGGCCGUGCUGGACUACGCGCAGCAGCAGCGUCGAAAGCCUGUGCAGCCGAAGCCUCAAAGCAAGAAAGCGACGCUGACGAGGCCGAAAUCGACGUCGGUUCCGCGCGAGCGAUCGAACAAACUGCAAGUCACGAAGCCGGCGCAGCGCGGCAGCUCCGGAAAGAGCACGUCUUCUGGGAAAUACUCGACGUCGCUGGAGCUGAGCGACUCGGAUCUGUCGUCGAGCAGCGACGUGGAUGAUUUGGUGCAGCAGAAGCGCGAGGCAGGCGAGAUGACGGACCGGAUCCGCACGUCGAUGCUGCAGUACUUCGGAGGGAAGAAGAACCACACGCGGUGGGUGCUGAAGUGCACGUCGCGCGUUCCCGAGCCGCCGCCGCGCCGAUCGAUGAAGAAGAUCGCGAUCGCCGCGUACGAGAACCACUCGAUCGACUUCUAUUUCUCGCUCUUUGGGCGCGCAGAGAGAGGGCUGACGGAUAGACGGCCGCUGUUCGCGAGCGAAAUCGUCGCCGUGAAGGCGCUGACCACGACGCUGUGCGUGUUCCAGCUGAGCACGCAGGAGGUCGUGUACCAAUCGUUCAAGCACGUGUCGCUGCUCAAAGAGAUCUCGACGCGCUGGAAAAUCGUGGAAGUGGGGAAACGGCGAGGGCGCGAGGCGUAG